GACACUGGAAAGAAUUUUUAAAUAUAUCUGGUGUCACUUUAAAAGCCCGUCCUCGCUGUUGUCGCUCGGUGUCGCUGCCGAGUGAGACCUCCCGCGUCACAGACGAUCUCUGUCGCUAGCAGCGCCUCUCCGUGUCAACAUCAGGAGAUGAGCAACAACAACCUGCGGCAUUUAGCUGCGAAACGACUCAACGGACGUAAGUGUCGCUCGCCCGUGUGAGUGAAGACCUGAAGGAGCUGUGACAUAAACCAGCAGGUCUGAAUUCAGGUGUGACAGCAGCAACCAUCAGCCCUGAGUCUGACAUGCAGAUGGAGGAAUAAACCCCACUCAUGGAAACCCAGAGGAAGAGCUCUGGGGAUGAUGGUGGUGGAGAGCGAGGCCUGCUCCACACCUGGAAGGGCUACUCCUGCAGUGUCACCCCAGAAAGGCUGCUCCUACCUCGACCGGUCCUUCAGGUCGCCCUGGGUGCACGACAUGGAGUUCUGCUGGUGGAAGGAGGACAGGUGUACAGUUUUGGGGAGCUGCCAUGGAAGCAGAGUCAGGUCCCUGAGCCAGCGAAACCCACGCUGGAGAGCGCUCUCAGCGGGCAGCGCGUGGUCGCCGUCGCUGCCGGGAGUUUCCACAGCGGCGCGGUGACAGAGGAUGGUGGCAUCCACAUGUGGGGGGACAAUGGCGCGGGACAGUGUGGCCUGUCGGGCCUCAGCACCGUCCCCAACCCGACUCCUGUGGCUCUAGUGGACUCGGACACCAGCCCCCCGCAGACGUUGCCGGUGCUGGAGCUGGCCUGCGGGGAGAAGCACACCCUGGCUCUGUCUGUCCAGCGGGAGGUGUGGGCGUGGGGCAGUGGUUGCCAGCUGGGGCUCAACGCCUCCGUCUUUCCUGUGUGGAAACCACAAAAGGUUGAACACUUAGUCGGGAGGUGUGUGCUUCAGGUGGCCUGUGGGGCUUCGCACAGCCUGGCUCUGGUGCGAUGCCUGGGCCCCCAGGACAUCCACCGGCCCCCUGUGGACAAAUGCAGACAGUGUAACCAGCUGCUGUACACCAUGACGGACAAAGAGGACCACGUCAUCAUCUCUGACAGCCACUACUGCCCCCUCGGUGUGGAGCUGACUGAGGAUGAGGGGAUGCUUGAGGCACCUGCCCCCACCCCAGGACUCAAAACAUCCCCAUCUGAGCCGGUCCUCCCCUCCCAUACCUCCACCACAAACUCUGAUUCCCCAGCAGCACCUUCUAAAAGUGCUGACCCCUCCUCUGGGCCCUCCCCCACCCAGGACUCAGAGAAAGGGGAAUCAGCCUUGGCUAACGGAGUGCUGCCGAGCUCAGACUCUGACCCUGCGGCUCAGACGAAAGAUGGCAGUGGAGCUGUAUCAGUGGUCAAGAGUUCACUCUAUCCAGACGAGCAGGCUGUCAAAGACUAUCUAAAGAAGCUGUCAGACAACACACAGACGGAUGCAAAGAUGACGGCUGGAGGACUGCACUCUCUGCUGCCUUCAGCCGGAGGCCUCACCUCCACCCCGAGCUCCACGCUCAACCACCUGGUGGCCUCCUGCGCUUCUGCCGUGGGCGAGCGGGUCGCCUCCACCUACGAGGCCUUGUCCCUCAAGAAGAUGAUGAACUUCUACCUUCCCUCGGGGGUGUCAAGGUCGGGUGGGCUCGCUGGCACCGUCCCCGGAGUGGGCGACAACACCACAGAACGCGUCCGCCAGGAGGACUCCAUGCAGGGCAAGAAGAGCUCCAGCACGGGGGACAUCCGCGAGGAGGAGGCCGAGGGUCUGCGGCGCCGCCUCUCGCUUCCGGGACUCCUCUCACAGGGUAGAUACGCUGUUCACCUCUUAUCCUCCUCCUAUGCCCUGCUGUUGUCCCCGCGGCUGCUGAGGAAAGCCGGUCGUCCCAGGAUGCGUGCCGUUGCCCUCACCCCACUGGGAGGGGCGGUCCCUGAGGCCCAGGAGGUGCUGCCCACCCUGCAGACGGAGGUGUGGAGCUGGGGCCACGGCGAGCACGGACAGCUGGGACACGGAGACAACCUAGCCAGGUUACAGCCACUGUGCAUCAAGAGUCUAAACAAUAAGGAGGUGGUCCGGGUGGCGGCCGGCGCUCAUCAUUCCCUCGCUGUGACCGCUCAGUCUCAGGUGUUUUCGUGGGGCAGUAACAGCUCUGGUCAGCUCGGACACAUGGAGUCACCCAGCACAGUCCCCCGCCUCGCAAAGCUGUCAGACGGCAUCCGGGUGUGGGACGUGAGUGCCGGAGAGAGACACACCCUCCUGCUGGCAGACGGAGACUGCAUCCAGCCCAUCAUCUAUUACAGCGGACAGCAGGUGAAAGAGGGGGAGGAGGAGAGUCAGGCCAAGGAGCCGGGUCAGGGGGAAGGAGGAGAGGAAGAGGAGGAGCGGGCAGGAGGCUACACCCCACAGCCUGUACUGCUGCCCUUCUGCAUGAAUCUUGGCUACGUCAGCAGUGUGUUUGCGGGCGGCCGACGCUGCGUGGCGCUCUCGGACAGGAACGUGAUGGGCUUCAUCGCCAGCCUCCACGAGCUGGCUGCAGCCGAGAGGAAGUUCUACUGCAAGCUGUGUAACGUCAAGACACAGAUAAUACGCCCCCUGCUGGAGCUGGAGUCUCUGAGCUCGGCUCUCGGCCAGGUGACCCUCGGGCUCCUGCAGACGCUUGCAGGUCGUUUCAGCCUCCUGUGUCACCUGACCGGGCAGCACGCCGCCAGCCUCACCGCCAACCUGCGCCGCGGACGUGAUGUGAAAAGUCUGCUCAUCCUGGACCAUGCUGGCAUCUUCCUCGACUCUUACAAUGAAUACUGCAGCUCUCUGGGCAACUUCCAGGUGAUGGCAGGUUUCCAGGCCCUGACCAAGCCUUCGCUAGAUUUCUUUGGGAAGAGUCCUGAGCUGCUCCAGAGGCUGUCAGAGUGCAGCGAGGAGAACCCCACCAUGGCCGACCUCCUGGUGGCGCUCUUCUACCUCCCAACUCGCCACCUUCAUGAGUACGGCCGGCUGCUGCUCAAACUGGCCACCUGCUUCGAAGUGUGCUCCAACGACUACCAGAAGCUGCAGGACAGCUGCUCCAAGUUCGAAGCUUUGACCCUGAAGCUGAAGAGAAAAAGAAAGGAGGCUGAGUACACAUUUCACUUCUGGAAGAGCUUCCCUGGCAAAAUGACGGUAAACUCGCUGAGUGACUCGCUGAGGAAGCCUCACCGCCGGCUCAUCUGUGAGAGCAGCAACAAGGCUCUGACCCUGCAGAACGCCGGGAGGUUCUCCGUCAACUGGUUCAUCCUUUUCAACGACGCCUUGGUCCACGCACAGUUCUCCACCCAUCACGUGUUCCCUUUGGCCACACUGUGGGUGGAGCCGAUCCCAGAGGAGAACACUGGCAUACAUGGUUUAAAGGUGAUCACACCAGAGGAGACGUUCACCCUGCUCGCCUCCUCCGCCAUGGAGAAGACCAAGUGGCUUCGCUCCAUCAACCAGGCAGUGGACCAGGCCCUGAGCGGGGCCGGGCAGGACUCCACAUCAGUCGGCUCGGGGUCGUCAGGACAAAAGCUGGAGCCUCCUACUUCCAGGACGGCCUCCUACACUUUUUACAAAGAUGGACGACUGAAAGAGGCGACGUACGAAGGCCGCUGGCUCAAUGGCAAACCCAACGGCAGGGGGGUGUUAAAGUGGCCUGAUGGGCGAAUAUACACCGGAGAGUUCAAGAACGGACUGGAAGAUGGCUUUGGUGAGUUUGUCGCUCCUAAUAAGACACUCAACAAGAACGAUCACUACCAAGGUCAGUGGAAAGACGGCAAGAUGCACGGCCUGGGGACAUACAGGUACGCCAGCGGUGAGGUUUACGACGGUUCCUUCCAGGACGGCAUGCGACACGGCCACGGCAUGCUGCGCAGUGGCAAGCUCAACACCUCCUCCCCCAGUGUCUUCAUUGGCCAGUGGCUGCAGGACAAGAAGACCGGCUACGGAGUCUUUGACGAUAUCACCAAAGGAGAAAAGUACAUGGGCAUGUGGCAGGACCACCUGCGGCAGGGCACCGGGGUCGUCGUCACCCAGUUCGGCCUGUACUACGAAGGAGCCUUCAAAGAUAAUAAGAUGAUGGGCACUGGGAUCCUUCUGUCAGAGGACGACACGACGUAUGAAGGGGAGUUCUCUGACGACUGGACCCUCAACGGGAAGGGUGUACUGACCAUGGCGAACGGCGACUACCUGGAGGGCUCCUUCGGUGGCGAAUGGGGCACCGGCCUCAAGGUGACGGGGUCCUACUUCAAACCACACCUGUUCGACACUGACAAGGACAAGACCCACACUGUGAAGCUGGGGCGUCUGUGUGUGUGUGCAGAGGAUAAGUGGCAGGCGGUGUUCGAGGAGUGCUGGAGUCAGCUUGGCUGCGAGUCGUCGGGCCAAGGAGAAAACUGGAAGGCGUGGGAGAACAUCGCCGUGGCCCUCACCACCAGCCGGCGACAGAUCCAGGACAGUCCGGAGAUCUUGUCUCGGAGUCACAGCAGAACCCUGGAGAGUCUGGAGGUCAUCCCGCAGCACGUUGGACCCAUCACUAUGGAGAGAUAUCACACCAUCCGCCUCUACCUCAUCAAGGCAUGCGACACCCCUCUCCACCCACUGGGCCGGCUGGUGGAGACCCUGGUGGCGGUCUACAGGAUGACCUACGUGGGCGUCGGAGCAAACAGACGACUCCUGCCUCAGGCUGUCAACGAGAUCAAGUCUUAUCUCAACCGCAUCUUCCAGAUUGUCAGGUUUCUGUUCCCAGACCUGCCAGAAGAGGGCGGUCUAAUUCCAGAGCCGACUGCCAACGCCGAGGACAAGAAGGAGCCAGACGCCACUGACGCCCCACUGGAGUCACCCAAACCUGGCCGUGUGGUGAGCAGCUCAGCUCUGCUGCUUCCCGUCCUGCUGCCUCGUCUCUACCCGCCACUCUUCACCCUCUACGCUCUGGACAAGGAGAGAGAGGACGACGUGUACUGGGAGUGUGUUCUCCGCCUCAACAAGCAGCCCGACCUCGCCCUCCUCGCCUUCCUCGGUGUCCAGCAAAAGUUCUGGCCUGUUAAUGUUCCCGUCUCUGUGCCUGCAGCCGGGGAGAAGCAGCAGGUUCUCUCCAGCACAAAGGAUGCCUGCUUUGCCUCUGCAGUGGAAACGCUGCAGCAGAUCAGCACGACGUUCACCCCGUCUGACAAGCUGCAGGUGAUCCAGCUCACCUUUGAGGAGAUCACACAGGAGGUCCAGUCGCUGCUGAAGCAGGACUUCUUGUGGUCCAUGGACGACCUCUUCCCCGUCUUCCUCUACGUCGUGCUGCGAGCUCGUAUCAGGAACCUGGGGUCGGAGGUCAGUCUGAUCGAGGACCUGAUGGACCCCUGUGUCCAACACGGAGAGCAUGGAAUCAUGUUCACCACUCUCAAGGCCUGUUACUACCAGAUCCAGCAUGAGAAGAUCACUUAGCCGCACUACUGCCCCACAGCCAAUCACAGGGCCAGGACCAGCCAGGCCGGGAUGACUGAUGUGUGCAGCAGCCAAUGGGAAGCGGAGGAUCAUACAAACAGGUUGCCCACAGCUCCAUCUGCUGCUGUUAGAGAGCCGGGAUCACCUCCCCCCUCUCUGACACACACAUACACACACUCAGCGGACCUUUUAGUGACCUUUACCAGCCUCUUAUCUACGGAUCAUGAAGGUACAGAUGUGAAUAGUGCCACUUCAUACCGUCCAGUGUAAAAUAAUGAAAUAGGUCCACGGCAGAAAGACUGACUGACUGACAUCAUUAUUAUAUCAUCAUUGGCUUUUUCCUUGGCUACCAAGGAAGGAAUGAGAAGUUUAUACCAGUGUUUGUUUUUUAAGUUGGUGCCAAUGGGUGGGGACUGGUUUGUCCUCCAGUUUUCCUGCUCACAGUCUGAGAUACCGGACCUCAUUUUCUUCCUUCAGAAGAAUCAGUUUUCCAGCAGAUUCGUUGCUGAAACAUGAAGUUUUUUUCUCUUGUUACUUGCCUGACACCAACAUGAAGAAACUGACCUAACAAAGACGGACAUAAUCUCCUAAAAGCAUGUGGCUUUAUGAACUUAAAACAUUUUAUUUACUGUCUUUAACAUGUGAGACAGCAGUAUGUUUACUGUAUGUCUGUCAUCCACUGCAUGGGAUCUCACAGUCUUGACUGGUCGCUGUAGAAAAGCUCUGGGAAGCGGCUGUGUGGGGGAAGUUAAAUUAAAGUAGUUUUCAGUUUUACAAGAGAAAAGACCUUAAGGAUGAAGAGUAACCGAUUAGUAUCAACGCCACCUUUGAUUAAAAAGCAACACAUCACUGCUUCCUCUGGCUUUUCUAUGGAAACUAUGAGGAAGUGUCUCCCAUGAAGUUACAGCAGGGUUUGUGUUUAUACAAAACAAAUCAUGUACAGCAUGCAGUGGGUAAAUGUAAACUGACCUGACUAUAUAACUCUAAAUGACACUAAUAUUCUGGCAGCCAAGCAGCUGCUCUGACCAUUUCAGGAAGAGUAAAAAUCCAAUGCUGACAGUUUUCUGUCUGAUCCUCACCAUGACUUGUGUCUGAUGAUCCAGCUGCUGACACGUCACAUGGCAGGACUGUUGAACACAAGCUUCAACUGGAUUAUUGACUUGAAAGCACAUGUUUUCCAUGUUUUCCUGACUAAAAGAAGGUACACGUCAACGGUAAAUCACUGCUUCCUAAUGCAAAACCAGGCUGAGAACAUUUAAAACAGAAAGGUGAGAAGAAUUGUUUUUUCCUAGACAAUCUGAACGCACCUGUGUGUGUUUAGAAAGCAACUAAAAAACAUCAAAAACAACAUCUGAACAUAUUCGUACAUGCCAUUACUGUUGAGUAGAAGUCAUGGAAAUUUAGAUUUUUUCAGAUAAAAUGGAGGAUGUCCUGAUGACCUCAUGUUGUAGCGUGCAGUGUUGUGAAUGGCAAUCAUCAGUGAGACGAUCAACAAGCUGAAAAGUGUGUUUGUAAUAACUGCAAGGAUGAGAAGUCGACUCAUUUAUUAUCCUCUAAAAACCCUGUGGAUCUUUAAAAUAGUGAAUACAGAAGGUUAAAUUUAAAGUAAUCCUUAAGUUUCAGGCAGCCAGCCUAAUGCAAACACUGAUAUUAUACUGUAGAUGUGAUGCUCAAAGCCGAUUCUCUGCGCUGUCUGUUCAUGCUGACUGUUCUUUUUUUAAACCAUUUACAGCACUAACUGUCAGACAUUGUUGCUUAUUUGUGAUUUGCGUCACACAUGCCAGUUUAUAAAAGGGCUUAAGAGAGGAUUCAGAGGAUGACCGAGCCUUUUUUUUUUUUUUUUUUUUUUUUAAAUAUCACGGCUUUUGUUUUCUCAGGCGGUUUAACAAUAGAAAAGCCAUCGGAUCAGAGGCCCAUUUUUGAAGGGAGUACAUUUAGGUGAAGCUGCAGGAUUUUUGAAAAUAGUUUUAAAUUAAAAUUUAAAUCUAAAACUUAAAGCUGCUCUCUACAGCUGUGCUCUUUUGCUGUUAAACUGAUAUAAGGUUGAAGUAGUAAAACAUUGCAGAUGAAUCCCCAAAAAAUCGAAGGAAAAAAAACGCAGAAACAAACUGAUAAAAUGCAGUGAAUUUCAAAAGCUAAAUACAAUUCUAAAAACGCUAUCUAUCACAGAUUAUGAGCUCCUGUUACUGCUGAGACCGAACGUGCCUGACUCAUAAACAGUGAAGCAAUAUUGUCUUUCUUAAAGACGAGUUCAUUCCCCAAAAAAACUAUGGACGCACUGUCCUCUUCAGUUUGCUGUGUAGAUAUGACGUGUGGUUCAAUUGUGAAUUUGUCGAGCCACUGAACCUCCUCUUAACGCGAUCUGAACGGUUACUGUCGCCGCUGCACAUAAACGAAGGACGAACCAAUAUACAACUGACUUACAAACCAAACCACUAACGCAGAACGGGACGUUUAUUGUAAUGGCUGCACCCCAACUGACUCUCUUUACAUGAAGUGCUACUUCAAAUCCAAACUGAACGGUUUUGUGGUUGAUGUAAACUGAAGAUAAUGUUCAUAUGCUCAUGUUGGGUUCAUGAUUUAAACCCUGUGACAACUGACUUGUUAAUGUACUGACCUCAACAGCUGUUUACUAUGAAAAUACCUGCAUCCUGUGUAAAAAUAACUGUUGUAUCAGUGGAGUUUGGUGUUUUCCUAGUCGACAUUUUGUGUCUCAGCUGGCUGACAUGACGCCCACCUGUGUGUCUUUUACAUGAAGUCUAAUGUAUUGUACCUUUAAACGAUAAAGAGGGGCAAUAAACUCAUUUGAUGGAAGUUACUAAA